AUGUCGGAGGAUGAUCCGAAUAUCGGGUUGACGGUUUCCUCUUUAGAUGAUUCCGCCUCCCUGCGGAGCUGCCACAAUGACGGCAAAUGUCGGGAUGAGGCGAAGGUCCGUCUUAGCGUCGACCUUAUAGCCGCCGCCCGGUGGCAUCUCGCCUUCCUGGCGUCCCUCUCCGAUUCCAACUUCCUCCACGACGCCGCCACCAUCCUCCAAUCGAUCCGGCGGUCAGUUAGUAACUCUUUUCUCCUCCUUUUUCCCCUAAUCUCCAUCCUAUGUUCGGCAUGUUUGAUUCUGAGGAGCCGCGCGAUCAAUGGCUGAGUCAGUCGAACCCACUUGCAGUUACAGAGAGCUAUGGAUGCCUCUGAUCCACGAUCUCUCCAAAAACUCGUCCACAGCUCUGAUGAUUCUCCCACCCCUCGACGUGCAGUGGGCGUGGCACUGCCACUGCCUUAGUCCUGCUCGUUACCGGGAAUAUUGCAUUUCCAGAUUCGGGCGCCUGGUGGAGCGACCCGCCAUUUUCGACGACGGCAACGCGGAGUAUGCCUCCAACCGAUGCAGAGGUAUCUGGACGGCGCGGUACCCGUCCGAGCCAUUCGAUCUUGAAAUCUCACCCGAGGACGAGGACGAAGAUGGCAGCGACCGCCUUCCCGAUGGCCCGAACCCGUCACAUGGAAGAGAACUGUUCGUCGCGGUCUCCAAAUACCGGGACCUCUACUCCACGUUCUUGGACCCUUUCGUGUCGGAGACCGUCUACCUCGUCUCCGCCAGGCAGAGGUACAGGAACUUCCUUCACCUGUGCAGGCAAUCUUCUGAUGAUGGACUGCGAAUGGUACCCACCUCCGACGUGCUCCUCAUGUGGCUCACUCAUCAGGUGUAAACAUCAGACUAUCAUUUUCUCCUUUCCUUUUUCUCCAGAUUCUCCGCAUUCUUUUGAAUUUCAUUUGAUCACAGAGCUUUCCGGUGAUCUAUGCGAGGGAUGUGGAAGGAGUUUUGGGGACGCUGGCGUUAGAAUCCAGGGUGGUGGGAUUCGGGGAGCUAGCAGGCGACGGUGAGGUGGAGGAAACGAUAAGGAUCUGGGAACAGGCAUUCGACGAACCAUACGAGCGAGCUGGCGCCUGCUUCGAUCCCGCCGGUUCGCCAUCGCGGGAAUCCUUCUACUGGGACUACAACACGCCUCCGGUCGCCGCCACCGCCGCUGAAUCUAACCGGAAAUACAGAGCCUUGCAGCCCAGGUCUCUAAUGGAGGUUAGUCUUACUGUUUCCCUCGGUAGAAACUUCAUGGUGAAAUUUUAGUACUUGUAAUCCUGUCGUUUCUCUUUGGAAACCAAAUUGGUCCGCAACCGCGGUUCAGAUGGAAUUCUCCCUCGUUGACGAUCAGAGAGAACCAAUCAUGCAUUAGCUUCCUUGCGUGGGAAAUAAUCGUCAAUUUCGCUGACAAAACCAUAAAAAAUUUCACCGGUUUUUCUCUCUCAAAAUCCAUCAGAAUCUUAAUGAAAACAAGCGAAGAUAUAUACAGCCGCAUUUGACAUUGUUUCUUUUUUGAACUUUAUAUGAAUAAAUUAGGGCAUUUUCGUAUCUCGAGUUCACUAGCUGGCUAAUGCGCUGGGUUUUUAAUAUGAACCAAAAUCUGCUGAAAAAAGCGGAACAUCACCAAAAUUGUGCGUCACUGAUCUGCUAAAGAAAUGUGUAAUUAAUGUAUUCUCUUUCGGACGACGCGAACCUGCAUCUGAUGUCCUCACUCGUGACGACAGGUUCGCGUUUUUCUUAAAGGUAGAUGGGGAGAAGCAGAGGUCAAAGACAUAGGGAAGAUGUUCUUCCGCUUAAGAACAUUGAGAUGUCAUAGAGAGAUGAAAUUGGAGAGGCCAGUCUCCGGGUCGUCGUCGUCAGCGACCUCCUGGCAAAAAGCCUGGGAUCUCUGCUGCGAAUUUGGCACCAGGGGUGUGAUCUUAGACCUUCGUCGGCAAGGGAGCGGCUGCUUGGGAAAGAGCAAAUCGAUCAAAUCCCAAGUUUUCAUGUGGAACGAGUUGCUGCGAGCGCCCUCUCUCGCCGUGACCAAACAUUUGGGGACUCAAGUGAAAGCCAUGGUCUCCGUUACUCCCCCAGUUCAGGCUCCGUACCUUCUGAAGUGCGUCCCCGACAGAGUCACCGACGACAAGGGUUCGAUGAUCUCCGAUGUGAUUCUCAGGAUGAACCAUUAUCAUCCUCAGGCGGGUCGCUGGCUGUCACGAACUGUUCUUGACUGCCAUGGGCGAGAAUGCUUCGUCAUAAGAUUCAGGUAUUCAAUCUUUUCCUGGUGAUCUCUGAGGGUUUAUGGUUUAUAGUUUACGCUCAGAUGCCGGACCAGUUCAAUUUCUGUUUUGUUUUCUACAGGGUUGGGGAGGGGUUCUGGAGAAGAGGAGCUGAAACCCCGAGAGCCGUGAAAUGGGAAGACAGGAUCAUUGAGGUUAGAGAAGGGUCAUGGUCCUACGUCGCCAGCUCUGUCGGAACCGCCCCUCGUAAGUUCACCAAGACCUAAUCCGAUUUGCUGUGAAUUAACAUUGAGACUUCAUGGUUUGCCGUGCCAUUAUUGCCUAAGAUGGGUGUUCUCUGCAACUGUAGAGAAGGUUGUGGGCACUGCGGUGCCCAGGGGCCCGGAGGAGAAGAAGGUGACAUGGGCUCUGUCGACGGGAGAUCUGCUGAGAAUACGAUGGCAGAGAGGGUUGGAGUUUGAACUCGAGACGGAGAACUCCAUUGAAUCGGUAUCUCCGAUGACGAAAUGAAUCCUUGUUUUUAAUUUUUGCUGGGUGGUUGAAAUAAUCUGGUGGACUUUCCGUCUGCAUGCAGAUUAGACUCGAGGUGGGGAGGAAACUGCAGUUCCAGGUGAAGGUAGUCUCCCCGGACGAGGAAACCCACAAACGUGAAGAGGAGGAGUUCAUCACUUUCAUCAGAUUCUCGCCGGAGAGCCCGGCGGGGAGGGCGACCGCCCUGUUCAACUGGAGGCUGUUGGCGGUGGAGUUCCUGCCGGAGGAGGACGCGGUGUUCGUCCUCCUCGCAUGCAUGGCCAUAGUCAGGACAGUCUCCGAGAUGAAGAUGGACGACGUGGGCCACCUGCUGGUCCGGCGCAGGGUUAAGGAGGCCAUGGCGGGAACCAGAGACUGGGGUUCUGUGAUGCUCCAUUCGACCUCCUCUUCUCCGCGCCAGCGGCGGCCCUGGUUCUGGAAUCCCAAGGAGGUCUUCGCUUCCGCGGCGAUGGAUGCGGUCGCUCAGUCCAUCUACAGGUACUCUCCCUCCGACGGCAAGGGGGAGCUGUAUAAACAAGGGAUCGCGCUAUCCAGAGAGGUAGACACGAGGCGACAUUGA